AUGGCCGAGGAGAUCAAGAUCAGUGUUCAAAUGGUGGAAGAGGAUGACUGCGACGGUGAUCUUCGAUUUUCCGAAAAGAAGUACCACCACCACUUGACGAAUGCCGAUUUCGACGAUGCCGAGACGGAGUGUGGACCGGAAGAGCUGAAAAACUACAGAGAUGCGGAGACUCUGGACAGCGAAGAUGGGGAUAUUGCAACACAUGAAUAUACGGAGUUGCCUGAAGUAGGAGGGUACCCAGAAAAAGGAUCAUGCGAUGCUCUGACUGAGGAUGUUUGUCCAGAUCUUAGCGACGAGACUGACUGGUUUUCAAUUAUGAAGGGAAAACAGCUGGGGGAGCUAUGUAUUAAAGACUUCGACAACAUCGUUUUUGAUAGUGUUGAUGAUGCAGAGAAGUUCUACUCAUACUAUGCUUUUAUGCUCGACUUCAGCAAGAAGAGGCUCAGAAUAGAGAGUGAGGAAAUUGACGGUGUUAAGACGAUUACGAGGAGGGCAUGGGCCUGUUCGAAAGAGGGGAAGUGUGUCCCUAAAAGAAAGGCAAAUGAGAAAGUUCUUGGUUCAUACGAUGUUAAUGCAUGUGGAGAAGAAGAAAACGAAGGAAGUGAUGAGGACAUGAAUGAAAAAACUCAGGGGCCCCGACUCGUUAAGUGUAAGAAGACGAAGAAGACUGUUGGAAGGGACAUCAAAUACAGCAGGACUGGAUGUGGUGCAUAUAUGGCGAUUAGGCUGUUGAGAGGGAAGGGAAAGUACCAGGUCAGUAGAUUUUCCACAAAGCACAAUCAUGGUCUGGCAGACAUAUUUGAGAGGCAUUUUCUACGAUCCAACCGCAAGGUGACAAUGCAAGACAUAUUGGAAGUUGAGGCGCUCGGUGAUGCCAAUGUUUGCAAAAGCGCAGCAUUCAGUUAUCUAGCUGAUCAGUCAGGGGGUGAGGCAUUUGUUGGUUUCAUGAAGAAGGACUUGUACAACAAGAUGGCUCAACAUAGAAGGAGCAAGACACAGUAUGGCGAUGCUGAAGCCGCCAUGAACUGGUUGCGAGUAAGAGGAAGCGAGGAGGAGAAAUUUUAUUGUAGAUACAUUCGAGAUUCAAAGAAGAGGUUAGCGGGACUGUUUUGGAGGGACACACAUUCACUACUUGAUUACGAAUUAUAUGGCGAUGUGGUUGUAAUUGAUGCCACUUAUAAGACGAAUGUGUAUGGCAUGCCCCUAGUGUUGUUUGUUGGUGCAAACAAUCACCGAGCCACAGUGGUGUUUGCAUGUGCUCUGGUGUGUAAUGAGAAGGAGCCCAUGUACAAUUGGGUGUUUGAGAAAUUCCUGGACUGCAUGAACAACAUGAAGCCAAAAUCAGUUGUUACAGACGGUUGCGACUCAAUGCGAUUAGCUAUUGAGAAGCACAUCCCCGAAGCGAAUCACAGGCUCUGUGCGUGGCACAUAGGGAGAAAUGUUGGGCAGAACAUUAAGGAUUCAGAAGUGCAAAAAGCCCUGGGGAAGUUGAUAUACACAUCAUAUAGUAGAGGCGAAUGGCAGAGGGAAUGGGAUUCUAUGACCAAAAAGCACAAGUUGGAGGACAAUUCAUGGCUGCAAACAUUGCACGGGAAGCGCAAUAAAUGGGCUGAGUCAUUUUGCAGGGGGCAGUGGUACGCCGGGAUUUGCACAACUCAACGCUGUGAGGGCAUGAACAGAACUGCCAAAUUGAAGCUCAAUAAAUUCACUACGUUGGUGAACUUCAUACCGAGGUAUCAAAGAUGCAUUAGCCGUCUCAGGGACAGGGUGUUGUAUGAUAACUUCAAGUCCAAAAACCACAUCAGAGAAUAUGCGACACAUUUUUUGGAUAUGGAGCACUUUGUUUUUAACACGUUCACGGAUGACAUUUACAUUGUGAUCCGGACCCAGAUGGAUUUUGAGAAAAAAUUUUAUGUGACCAGCCGUUUACCUGAUUGGGAUUUUGAGAAUUUGAUGGUGUAUGUCACUCAAUACGGCAAAGUAAGCAGGCGAUGGACCGUGCAAUACAUUGCGCCCAGUGUUUCGACAGGGGUAGAGGAGUCAUAUACGUGCUCAUGUCAGCUAUUUGAAUCUGACGGUAUACCCUGUCCCCACAUAUUUUGCGUCCUAAAAACAGAAGGGGUCACGGAAUACCCCAAAUCAUUGAUUUGUGAGAGGUGGAAGAAGUCUAGUGGGACGAGGCCAGUUGACAUGACAUCUUUUCACUGCAGCACCGGGUUUAACGCAGCAAGGUACUUAAUGCUUGCACACGCUGCAAAGAAAGCUUGUUUUAACUUUGCGAAUUCAGACGAGGGUUUUGAGAAGGGGAUGACAUUUUUAAAGAAGCUCCAAGAUGAAUCUCUGAAGUUCAGAUUUCCUAAGAGGCCCCGAUUGAUGGUCCAAGACAAUGAGAAUGUAGUGAGGGACCCCGUUGUCGCACGAACGAAAGGUACCCACUGGAACAGCGAAGAAGGCAAUAAGAACAAGGAGGAAUCCGGCCGUAAAUGUUCUAUCUGCCAGAAGACCGGUCACAAUAAAACCACAUGUCCCACAGUCAAAGUGAACGAGAAUGCUGCCAAAGACCCUGCAGAUAUACCUCUGUCCCAAAACACAUGUUGA